GCCAAUUUCGACGAUAUAUACGUGUCCAAAACGAACCAAAAUUUGUAUCACGAUUGCCAUAUAGCUACUCUUGAUCUUCAAGUUGAGUUGUUCUUCUCAAUACACGAGGCUCAUUGUGGAAAUGACGACGGAGGCUUCUACAUCAGCUUCUGGGCAAAUAUGGAAUGGGCUUCGCAAUCUUGGCGAUCCUGAAUAUCAACGUCCUAUUUUUAAAGUGCAUGACAUCCUAAGAAAUGUGAAUAUGACGGCGUACGAACCAGAAAUCAUCUCAAUUGGUCCUUAUCAUCGGGAAAAUGAAAGCUUAAGCGCGAUGGAGAAGCACAAAUUACAAUACCUCAAUCAACUAUUUGAUGAAAAAGUAAAAGUAGAUGAAGAUUAUGUGUUACAAGAAAUGAUGGGAAGAGUUGUUGGCCACAGAGGUGAUAAGGGUUGCGACAAAAUUAAAGAAAAAAUUUGUAAAAACUUCCUACAAGAAUUGGGGGAGCUGGCAAUGGAAGCUAGGAAAAAGUAUGCUGGAUCUUUUAGUCUUAACGACGAGCAGUUCGUGAAUAUGCUACUGUUAGAUGGUUGUUUUAUAAUACAAUUGCUACUUAAAAACUAUUCCAUGCCAGAGUUGAUAACUGAGGACGAUCCGAUUUUCAAAGUUGAUUGGAUGCGUACGAGCUUGCAACGCGAUUUGUUGUUGCUUGAAAAUCAGCUCCCUUUCGGUGUUUUGUGCAAAUUGUUUGAGUUGAUUGACCAUCGGAAUAAACCAAAGGAUCUUGCUUACCAUGCAUGUCGUUUCUUUUGCAAUGUUUUUCAUGGAUUGGACAUGGAUAUACCUAAUAGCUUUCAAGCAAAUGCUGUGGAGCAUUUACUUGACUUGAUACACAGCCGCUGGAAUCCUCAGUUAAGAACCGCCCCCGCAGCCGCCGUUGUCGACUUCCCUCUAGAAUUGAAAGAAAACAGCCUUAAUUGGAGGUUUUUUUCGGCAAAAAGAAUCAUAGAGAAUGGGGUGGUAUUUAAGAUAAGCAAGAGUCGAGGUAACUUAUUUGACAUUAAAUUUUCAGACAAGUGCUGCAUAAGAUUUAGUAAAUUGAUAUUUCAACAGUUGAUCAUUGAAGGAAGAACAGAGACAUUCUUUAGGAAUUUCAUAGCCUAUGAGCAGUAUUUCAAGGCUUCAAAAGGGAAUUUUGUGACCAAUUAUGUAGACUUCUUUGGCAACCUUAUUGACUCUGAGGAAGACGUGGAGUUGCUUUCUUACCAUGGAAUACUUGAUAAUAAGCUGGGCGACUCAAAAUCUGUGGUCAAUUUAUUUACAAAAAUAAAUCAGUGUGUUACGAUUGAGAACCCUGAGAAGUCUAACUCACUCUACGGUCAUAUCUACCGUCAGUUAAAUGUGUAUUGCACCAAAAACAGACACUAUUAUAGGGCAAAAAUGCGGGAAUCAUAUUGUAAUCCUUGGGGAAUAGCAUCCAUUACUUUAGCCACCAUGGGAAUUUUUUUGACGGUGAUUAUGCUUGCCUUUGCUGUUCUUAACUAUAAGUUUAACAAAAAGCAGCAUCAGCAACCCCACUAA